AUGAUGAAAACAGAUGUUCUCUUUAGCUCUCCGCGCCUCCGGUUCUCGCGUGCACAACAGGAGGCGAUCCUUGCCUGGGGAAAGGACUUGGGAGCUCGCGAUGUACCCUCGCUCUACGGAGUGGAGAAGUUUCAGCGUGAGGCCCUUGAGUCGUUAGGCAAUCCGACUGUCAAGGUCACGGCCACGUCAGGGAACGUGUAUUACCGUAAUACAAUCCGGGAUACCAUUGCGAAGGACUAUGCACACCCGGACACACGACGGGAGAUACAUUGCCAUCCGCAGCUCGUGCAGACAAAGGCUGUGUCUCAGGCAUGGCACUCGAAAAAGUGGCUUGUUGACGCGCCCGACUUCCUCCUCACGCCAAUGGUUCGUCUCAAAGGGAAAGACUUCUAUGUGGACGAGCUUGUGCAUUGUGCCGAUGGGCGGUGGUUCAUACCGACUCGCUUCUUUGAGAUGGAAGACCGCGCUUUGUGGGCAGUGGGCUAUGUCGUCGAGAGGCGUGCUCAUGUGGUAUGCCAUCAACUUGUUCUACACUCCGUGGGGCAUCCUAUUGAGUGCCCACAUUUUGUACAUUGCAGAACGGUCUAUUCGUCACGGACACAAAGGAGAUCAUGGCGUGUGAAAAUUUUCAAUCCAAUUGGCUUGACAUAG